AGCUAGGGCGCAGCUGUGAUUUCAGGGGCACCUCUGGCGGCUGCCGUGAUUUGAGAAUCUCGGGUCUUUUGGCUGACUGAUCCUGGGAGACUGUGGAUGAAUAAUGCUGGGCACGGCCCCACCCGGAGGCUGCGAGGCUUGGGGGUCCUGGCCGGGGUGGCUCUGCUCGCUGCCCUCUGGCUCCUGUGGCUGCUGGGGUCAGCCCCUCGGGGUACCCCGGCACCCCAGCCCACGAUCACCAUCCUUGUCUGGCACUGGCCCUUCACUGACCAGCCCCCAGAGCUGCCCAGCGACACCUGCACCCGCUACGGCAUCGCCCGCUGCCACCUGAGUGCCAACCGAAGCCUGCUGGCCAGCGCUGACGCCGUGGUCUUCCACCACCGCGAGCUGCAGACGCGGCGGUCCCACCUGCCCCUGGCCCAGCGGCCACGAGGGCAGCCCUGGGUGUGGGCCUCCAUGGAGUCUCCUAGCCACACCCACGGCCUCAGCCACCUCCGCGGCAUCUUCAACUGGGUGCUGAGCUACCGGCGCGACUCGGACAUUUUUGUGCCCUAUGGCCGCCUGGAGCCCCACUGGGGGCCCUCGCCACCGCUGCCAGCCAAGAGCAGGGUGGCCGCCUGGGUGGUCAGCAACUUCCAGGAGCGGCAGCUGCGUGCCAGGCUGUACCGGCAGCUGGCGCCUCAUCUGCGGGUGGAUGUCUUUGGCCGUGCCAAUGGACGGCUGCUGUGCGCCAGCUGCCUGGUGCCCACCGUGGCCCAGUACCGCUUCUACCUGUCCUUUGAGAACUCUCAGCACCGCGACUACAUUACGGAGAAAUUCUGGCGCAACGCACUGGUGGCUGGCACUGUGCCAGUGGUGCUGGGGCCCCCACGGGCCACCUAUGAGGCCUUUGCGCCGGCUGACGCCUUCGUGCAUGUGGAUGACUUUGGCUCAGCCCAAGAGCUGGCGGCUUUCCUCACUGGCAUGAAUGAGAGCCGAUACCAACGCUUCUUUGCCUGGCGUGACAGGCUCCGCGUGCGACUGUUCACCGACUGGCGGGAACGUUUCUGUGCCAUCUGUGACCGCUACCCACACCUGCCCCGCAGCCAAGUCUAUGAGGACCUUGAGGGUUGGUUUCAGGCCUGAGCUCCGCUGGCCGGGGGAGGUGGGUGUGGGUGGAAGGGCUGGGUGUCGAAAUCAAACCACCAGGCAUCCGGCCCUUACCGGCAAGCAGCGGGCUAACGGGAGGCUGGGCACAGAGGUCAGGAAGCAGGGGUGGGGGGUGCAGGUGGGCACUGGAGCAUGCAGAGGAGGUGAGAGCGGGAGGGAGGUAACGGGUGCCUGCUGCGGCAGACGGGAGGGGAAAGGCUGCCGAGGACCCUCCCCACCCUGAACAAAUCUUGGGUGGGUGAAGGCCUGGCUGGAAGAGGGUGAAAGGCAGGGCCCUUGGGGCUGGGGGCACCCCAGCCUGGUUUGUGGGGGCCAAACCUGGGACCCCGAGCUUCCUCGGUAGCAGAGGCCCUGUGGUCCCCGAGACACAGGCACGGGUCCCUGCCACGUCCAUACUUCUGAGGUCCCUGUGUGUAGGCUGGGGCGGGGCCCAGGAGACCACGGGGAGCAAACCAGCUUGUUCUGGGCUCAGGGAGGGAGGGUGGUGGACAAUAAACGUCUGAGCAGUG